UUUGUUGUUGUUUGAAAUGUCAGUUGAGUUGACACAACAAAUCACAGCAUAGAUUGAGUGGAACACCUGCUAUUGCUUCUUGCUUUGCUCCCAAUAACACUCACAAUGGCUGCCAGUCCACUGAUAAUGGCGUAUUCAUUUGAAUGGGGAGGCCCGUUCUACUCUUUCUAAUUCUGUGAUUUCACAUUUGACCAUGGAAGGAGGACCACGCAAAGGAUCCGCCAAGUGGUGGUUCUACUACUGUUUUCUGUGCUGUGCCUCCCUUGAUGUGUACGACGGCCCAAUCAUCUUUAAUGGAAGACUGCGAUCAGACGAUGAAAAACCAGAAUUUAUUGAGGACCUGGACAACAUUGCUGACAAGAGAGACACAGAAACUGAUGGCCAUAGUCGGUCUGAUACAAGAGGAUCAACCACAGAAGUAGUCGACCAAGAAAUUACUGCAAACAGUGACCGCACAGGUUCAAUAUCUGUUCAGUCAUGGAACAUGGAACAGACCAUCCUGUCCUCGGACAAGGAGGAGCCAGACACAGACCAGGAAGAGAAAGAGAGAGACUCCUCCCCCUGCCUGAUAGUCCCACCCACUUCUCCUCUGGGCAUCACCUACAUUCCUGUGAUGCUUUACGACCUGGAACAGGAGCAACAGGAGCAGGGAGAGCAGGAGGAGGAGGAGGAGGAGGAGGAGGAGGAGGAGAGCCAGGGAGAGAGGGAGCAGCUAGAGGAGAGUGAUGAGGAGACCAGCUUCCCUGCUGCUGGCCAGGAGUGAGCUGCUAGAGGAAGAUAGCGGUGGGCCUCAGUGCUCUCUGCAGAUGAGAUACCUCAAGGUGGAGCUCCUUUCAUGGACAUUUAAUGGAAGCCCCUUCCUUUAUGGAUUAAGAUAUUCAUUCUGCAAUAAACAUGAUCUAUUUUGUCAUUA